AUGCGACUGCAUGUGCGCGACUCGUCUCGGGGCAAGCCUCGUCGUUGCUUGCUGUGUCAGGUCAAGGAGAAGGUCCCGUCGUGUGGAUGCGACUCAUUCAUUUGUCGUAAAUGCAUGUCGUUGUGGAAAACUGACGCAAAGCGCAACCCCCUCCGCUGCGACUGCAAGGGGAUCCAACGGACACCAGUGCAAAGCUUCAUUGAGCAAACCGAGGCGUUGUCACUUGUCCCGACGAAGACCGCCCCCCUGUACAUGCCGCAGCCGAUGGUAGCAUGGAAAACGAUCGAGUUCGGUCCGCUCGAGCGGCGACCGACAAGGGGCCGCAACACGUUGCAAGAAUCGUCAGGGGCUGCCGCGCUCUUUCAGUGGUUCGCUAUCAAGGAAACUGCGUCAGCAUAA